UCAUCUGACGUUACGCACCAGUCGUCACAGUGAGUUUAUAGUCGGGCGUCAUUAAGAGUGUGCGCGCGCUCAUAGAAGUGUCUUGUGGUUUAGAGAGAGAGAGGAACAUCCACAGAUGUGUUAAGGGGUCAUUGGGGGUUUGCUUUAGUAUCCUUCUCUAUUUUUAUGGCGCAAAACUAAUAUGGACACGAAGUGGCGAUUGCCCAUGCAUUGCGGAUAAUCUCUGUGCGCACUGAGUGGAUUUUUACGCGGAGUCACCAGGAACCCAAGGAGAACCUGCAUCUCUCCAAAACUCGUCUGACAAAUCUUCUGGAGUUGAAAACUAUCAGAAUCAAUAACACACAGGGAAAUAAGUAUAACAAUCAAAAAAUGACUAUAGAUAUAAGGUUGUUGCAUCCACCUACGCGCAUUUGGUGAUUUGUAAAUCAGCAGCUGGUGUCCGGACGGAUGUUUGGCGUAAACGAGCACGAACACGGAGCAGAAGCGAAGUGACGGGAUCGGGAGAGCCGUUUGGAUUUUGGCUACAUUGGAGAUCGUUCAUCAUGGUGUCCAUAAAGCCCUUAAAUAAGGCGUUUGUCGACUGCGUGGCUCUUUUGUUCUGCCUGGCCGUCAUGUUUGAGUUGGCUUUUUCUCAAAAUGACACGGAACCCAUCGUCCUGGAGGGCAAAUGUCUGGUGGUUUGUGACUCGAACCCCGCCGACUGGAAGAGCUCGUCCUCGCCGCUCGGCAUCUCCGUGCGCGCCGCCAACUCCAAAGUGGCUUUUUCUGCGGUGAGGAGCAACAACCACGAGCCCUCUGAGAUGAGCAAUAAAACGAGAAUCAUAUAUUUUGACCAGGUUCUUGUCAACAUAGGAAACUAUUUCACGUUGGAAUCCGUCUUUCUUUGUCCCCGGAAAGGAGUCUACAGCUUUAACUUCCACGUUAUUAAAGUGUACCAGAGCCAGACUAUACAAGUGAAUUUAAUGCUGAAUGGAAAACCAGUCAUCUCUGCCUUCGCAGGUGACAAAGACGUCACACGCGAGGCCGCCACCAAUGGAGUCCUCCUGCACCUCAACAAAGAAGACAAGGUUUAUCUGAAACUGGAGAAGGGGAAUCUGGUAGGAGGAUGGCAGUACUCCACCUUUUCUGGCUUUCUUGUUUUUCCUCUGUAAAGCAAACAAAAAGACCACCACCUUUGCUGUCCGAUCGUCAUUGUGUAACCAGCCCUUCAGCAUUAAUUGGAGGCACCCAAACGGAAUCAUAAUUCCAGACAUUCAUUCAGCUGUUGUCUGCGGACUGCUGGAAAAUGCGUCGGUGAAUC